GUGAAGGCACAUUAAACCCGGACAUGACAGCACAGGAACCAAAGUUUGGCUAGUAGCGGUAGCCGUAGCUGUAGCACAACAUCUCUGCUGCUGUUCCUAUCCUAAAUAAGAAGCUUCAGGAGACACUUUAUCCUGUGUUUCAAUUAUUGUGGCGUUGGUAUGGAGUUGUAGGCUGAAUUUAUAAACGGAGUAUUGAGGAAUGGUCUGACUGCAGCAGCAAAGAUGCUUAGCCGUCUGCAGGAGUUAAAGAAGGAAGAGGAGACUCUUCUCAAAAUCAAAGUCAUGCUACAGGACCAACUGAACAGGUUAAAGUUUGAAGAGGGGGCCCUGAAGUCUAUUAUUAAUGCUCAAACAGAAGAAGGAACCUCUCAACGCUUAUCGCCCGAACCUGAGGUUGAGGUUAAUCUGGAUGAUGAAAGUGAGAUCAAUCGAACCAAACUCCUCUUGAAUGCUGCGGCAGAUUACGAUAUGGAAGAAGAAGAAGAGGAGGAGGAGGAUGAGGAGGAGGAGGAAGAUGAGGAGGGGGAUGAGGAUGACAACGAACUCGGAUUUUUGCCUGAGGAGGAUGAGGAGGAAGAAGAUUACUGAGAUCCAUCAGUGUUAGUAUUUACACCACUGAAGAAGAACAUGAACAGACGCCUGUUAUUUGUUCACCUGUUUUGUAUUAUCACUGAAGAUGUUUUAUUUAUUUGGGUGGAGUAAGUAGCAGUGUAACAAUGUCCGGUGCUAGCAAUAUCUCCUCCUUUGCUGGAUUUAAGGCACGUCACCAGGAUUUCACACCAUGUUAGUCAUAUGUCAAACUUUGUGGGAAAUCUGCUGCUGAAAUGCAUUGAGGCAGUGUUAUGAGAAACUCUUGGCUUUCUAAACAUAUUGUGUAUUUUCGGAGAAUGAGAGCAUCAACUCACUUUGAGAAUUAGAAGGUCUGACGUUGAGAUGUGUCUGUUGAUGAAAAUGUAUGGCUGGGCCAUAUAAGGAGAUAGUAUGUCUGUAUUAUGUAAGCACAAAAUAAAUGUUUUGCAUACAUUUUCACCGGCCUGUUUUUUACAGUGUACACUUCAAGAUAAUAUCUGUGUUCACUUCGUGUCCUAACCUGACCCGGUCAAAUGGGUAGUGCAGUGCAAACACUUUACAUGAGAAAACCAUUCAGCAUUUUCUAAACAGUUAAAACAAUACAGCGAGCCUCACAAUAAGGCCAGCUUUCAUCCUGACAGCAGGGACAGCUCUGGAGAAGGGUGGUGCUACAACAGGGAAUGUAUAAUAGAGAUUGCACAAAUAACAGCUGUCUACAGGGUCUGCUAGUCCAGGAGAGAGCUGCCAUCAACCCCAAAGUCACUGCGCAGUCCUGCUGCAAAUGCCUUGUUCGUAAGGUUAACAGGUGGUAGUGAGCGACUGAAGCAGAGUGAGACACGAACUGUGCUGCAGGCUCAGGAGUACCAUGCUGCCCCGCUGUGCAGUCGGUGUGUGCCAUGUGCUUAUGUUGGUGCUGUGUGUGUCUGCGGCUGAGGACUUCGACUGGACAAAGAACCACCACGGCUCCUUCUAUUAUGGCACUUUUCCAGCUGGAUUUUCGUGGGGUGCCGGAGGUUCAGCCUAUCAAACAGAAGGAGCCUGGGACAAAGAUGGAAAAGGACUGAGCAUCUGGGACGUGUUCAGUCAUAAGAAAGGCAAGAUCCAACAAAAUGACACUGGGGAUUUCUCCUGUGAGGGCUACUACAAAGUCAAGGAUGAUGUUUCUCUGAUGAAGGAGCUGAGGCUUAACCACUAUCGUUUCUCCAUCUCAUGGCCUCGACUGCUUCCCACUGGCAUAAAAUCUGACCAUGUAAAUGAAAAGGGAAUACAGUACUAUGAUCACCUGAUCAACCACCUACUGGAGAACAAAAUCACUCCGAUUGUUACUUUGUAUCACUGGGAUCUUCCACAGGUCUUGCAAGAGAAAUAUGGUGGAUGGCAAAAUAUAAGCAUGGUCAAUUAUUUCAAUGAAUUUGCUAACCUGUGCUUUGAGAGAUUUGGCGACCGAGUGAAGUACUGGAUCACUUUCAACAAUCCAUGGUCUGUAGCUGUUGAAGGUUAUGAGACGGGGGAACACGCUCCUGGACUGAGGCUGAGGGGAACGGGAGCAUACAGAGCUGCACAUCAUAUCAUUAAGGCACAUGCUAAAGUUUGGCACACGUAUGACACACAGUGGAGGGGGAAGCAAAAAGGUCUGGUUGGCAUCGCUCUGUCGGGGGAAUGGGGAGAACCGGUGGAUAUCAGCAACCAGAAAGACAUUGAAGCAGCUGAGAGAUAUGUCCAGUUCCACCUGGGAUGGUUUGCCACACCGAUCUUUCAUGGCGACUACCCUCAAGUGAUGAAAGACUUCAUAGGGAGAAAGAGUGUCCAGCAGGGCCUCGGGACGUCUCGACUGCCCACAUUUUCCCCUCAAGAGAAGAGCUACAUAAAGGGGACCUGUGACUUCCUUGGCAUUGGUCAUUUCACCACCCGCUACAUCACCCAAAAAAACAACCCAUCGGGCCGUAGCAGCAGCAACUACUUUAGUGACCGUGACCUGGCUGAGCUGGUUGACCCAAGAUGGCCUGACCCUGGUUCAGAGUGGCUCUAUGCCGUGCCCUGGGGUUUUAGACGUCUGCUCAAUUUUGUCAAGACUCAGUAUGGGAACCCAAUGAUUUAUGUGACUGAGAAUGGAGUCUCUGAGAAGAUGUUAUGCACAGAGCUUUGUGAUGAAUGGAGGAUACAGUACUAUAAAGACUACAUCAAUGAGAUGCUUAAAGCUAUCAAAGACGGAGUCAAUGUGAAGGGCUACACUGCAUGGUCGCUGCUGGACAAAUUUGAGUGGGAUGAAGGUUUCUCUGAGAGAUUUGGCUUGUACUAUGUGGACUUCAGGAACAAAAAUAAGCCUCGCUAUCCCAAAGCUUCUGUUCAGUUUUACAAACGCAUUAUCAGCUCCAAUGGAUUUCCCAAUCAAAGAGAGGUUGAAAACUGGAGGCGAAAGGCGGUUGAAACGUGCUCUUCCAGCAAUCAGCUUCUAGCUGCAGACCCUUUGACCAGCCACAUGGAGAUGGUGACCGAGAUCGUUGUUCCCACUGUGUGCACACUCUCCAUUUUGCUCAGUGCCAUCUUCCUCAUGUUCCUGCUGCGGAGGCGUAACUAGGAAGGCUUUUGUGUUUA